GGAAUUAUCGCAUUUAUAUCCUUGUAAGCUUUCUCUAUCUCAUUCUUCUCAUUCUAAUUUUACCCUGUUUAUUCAUAUAUCCAGAUUUAUAGGAAAAGAGGAACACUUGCAAAGGGGGUUUGCUAGAAUUAUUUAAUAGUGAAAGAGGAACGAUUUCCAAAGGGGUUUCCUAGGAUUAUGAAGGAUCAUUUUAUCUUGCUGGUUGAUCGUUUGCUCACUGAAUCCUCUCUUGAAGCUGUUAUUUCCACGGAUUCAGUAAAUGAAGAAAUGGUUACUGAUGUUUCUUCUCAUAGGAUGGAUCUCACUUUUGAAUCAAAGCCAAAGAAAUUGAUGGAAUGCAGGAUUUGUCAUGAUGACGAUGAAGACUCCAACAUGGAGACACCAUGUGCAUGUCGUGGCAGCUUGAAGUUUGCCCACCGUAGAUGUGUACAACUGUGGUGUAACGAGAAGGGGAACACCACGUGUGAGAUUUGCCUCGAGCCAUUCAAGCCCGAUUAUACAUCACCACCUCCGUCACUUCAUUGUGAUGGAGAUCCAAUGAAUUUCAGGGGCAAUUGGGAGAUUUCACGAAGGGAUCUUUACAAUCUUCAAUUUUCAACCAUGGUUUCUUCCGGUCAUGAAGAACCGGACUUCGAUGACUAUAUUGCCCCUAGUCCCGGAAGCUUGACAUGUUGCCGUGUAAUUGCAAUAAUGUUUAUGACACUUCUCGUGUUACGUCAUACUCUACCGAUUAUUAUCAAUGGUACCGGAGGAUACACGAUUACGAUGUUCACGUUGAUUAUGUUAAGGUGUAUCGGCGUUAUUUUGCCAAUUUAUAUAAUGUUUAGAGCUUUUAUUGUCGUGCAACGUGGCCUCCAACUAGAGGAACAUCGGUUUUUCCACUCGGAUGAAGAGAACGAUCUUCCACAAUCAUCGUCAGAUCUGCGUCUAGUUCAUGUCCAUUGACUUCAUGGCGAUUGUUAUGAUAGAGCUUUGCAUGGUUUUGGGACUCGAUGCAUGGAUAAAGGUUGAGGAUGGGUGAUAUAAAGUAAUUUUUGUAUCAUAUUUACAUUAAGCAUUAAUUCUUGUAAAAAGUUGCUUUGUACAUAAAUAUGAAAUUGUUUGGUAUCAGAAUGAAAUUAACUAUUUCAGUUAAAAUAAAAAUAAAAAAUCGUUCAAAGAAAAAAGUAACGUAUUUGCUGGAU